CAAUUUUUCCUACCGUCCGUUAUUUCCUAGAAGGGCUCAUUUACGCACACCCGACAAUGCCUAGCCUGAAGCCAUUCCUUAUAGCCAUAGCCGGCGCAGCCGUCAUGCUGCAGCUGCUCAUCCUCGCCAACAUGAGCUACCUGUACGGCACAGCCUACCACAACACUUCACGAUACAGCGCACUGAAGUUCUUGUUUGUCGACUACGACGGUGGUGAGGUUGGACAGUCUGUCACGGCAGCCUACAAUCAGAUGCGAGGGCCCGAGUUUCCAACGCUCCAUCAGCACUCCCCAGAAGAAUACCCGACACCACAAGACGUUCAGGAAGCUGUCUGCAAGGGUGGAUACUGGGGUGCUAUAUAUUCCAGCCGGGAUGCCUCGUCGAGAUUAUCCGCUGCACUGGCUUCGUCGGAGGGAGCCCGCGACUAUGAUAGCUCCCAGGCUCUUGGAUACAUCUGGAGUAGCGCCAGAUACCCCUCAACUGCGCAAGCAGUUUCUUCAAUGCUCGACGGGCUCGCGCAGGGCGCUGCAGCCGCCUACAGACAGAUCAACGGCACUGCUGCCCUCGCUACAAUCAACGUCUCCGACCCCUCGAUCGCACAAACAAUCCUCUCCCCCAUUUCCGCCUCAUCAACAGACCUCAACCCCAUGCCACAGGGCACGCGCUUCUACUACAACACCGUCUCGAUGGUGAUGCCGAUAAUCAUCCAGUUCUUCUUCAUCAUGGCGCUGAACGGCAUCUGGGCCCAGAACAAACCCGCCCUCUCCGCACCAAAAGCAGCCCUCCUCCGCUUCGGCAUCUCCCUCGUCUAUACAUGUCUGUCUGCCCUCGUCAUGACCGGCUACAUCUGGUCCUUCCACGAAUCCUGGCCCGUGACCGGCUCGCAAUUCGCCCGAUCCUGGAUGUCCAUCUGGCUCGCAAGCCACAUCCACUUUAUGCUCAUCGACUUCGUCAUCGCGAUCAUUCCGAUGCAGUUCGCGCCCUUUUUCGUUCUCACCUGGGUGAUUCUCAAUGUCUCGAGUACGAUCUCCCCAUUUGAGCUCUCGCCGGGGGUUUAUAGACUGGGGUAUGUCAUGCCCGCGCAUGAGCUUUAUGAGGUGUUGUUACAGAUUUGGACGGAGGGUUGUAAUCCGCAUCUUGGGAGGGCGUUGGGGUUCUUUUUGCAGAGUGGAUUGUUGGUGUGGCGUUGUUUGUUGUUGCGGGAGUGGUGAGGAGGGGCGAUGGGAGCGGGUUUCGGAGGGUUUUUAGUAGCAGUAAAGGGGAGAGUAAAGUAUAAGGACCUAGAGGGAGUUGCGAGUGGUUCGUCUUAGAACCGUUCUUUCCUUAUUCAUGUUUCCCUCCUCCUUAUUUUUGUUUCCUUGCUACUAUGCAUAGAGCCUGGCGUUGCGUUGAUAUAUUAGAGGCGUGAAUCCAUUUUCUGGUUUCGCGUUUUUCAAAGAAAGAAAGAAAUAGAUCUCAAUAUUUUAUCGUUGUGU